GUUGUGUUCCCAUUUCCGUUUUCGUCAUAAUUUACAAGAAUGCAUAAAAAACAAGUUUGUUCUUAUUGUUUUAGCAUACACUUCAUUAUCGAAAAGUUUAUAUGCAAGAUGGAAUCGGUACUUGUAUUCUUUUCUUUGUGGACAUUAUUUGGAGUUCAGGGUAUCACACAGAAGGUUUUUCCCCAGUCGGCCUACCGGACGUGGCUGGACGCCGAGUCCAGCUGUAGGAAAGACAAUUUGGGACUCCUCGUCAACCUCGACUCCCUCACAAAGGACACGACCUUUGACCUUGAGGUCAGCAUCACAGACAGUGACCAGUACUGGACGGGAGGGUACCGGCUCGGCCUCUUCUACUGGAAGUACGGGUGUUUUACUCUGGAUUCAGCUGCAAUAUUUAUGACCGGCAAUUUGAAAGAGAUUGGGGGCACAAAUUCAGUAUCAGAAUGCGCAAGGUUUUGUGGCGAGGAGAGGCAAUGGGUUGCAUUAGUCAAAAGGUUUUGUUACUGCCUGAUCGAUGUUGACGAGACGGCUUUGGACGCCUCCAGAUGCCCAUCGCCCUGCCCCGGGGACAGGAUGGACUCGUGCGGCAGUGACCAGGCGAUGUCCGUAUAUAAAACACUAAACAAAACUAAGAUAUUGGACGACAUUACACGCAAGCCCAUUGGAGAAAACCAAAUGUGCGUCUUCAUUAUGUCCGAUGCGGGAGUGAUUAGGUGGAAAGUGGAUAACUGCACGCAACAAAAAAUAGUUCUCUGUCAAAAUGUGACAAAGAGCGGCAUAGAAUUUGUAUCACCGCACAGAACACCCAAGACCUGGGUGUCGGCAAAUGAAGACUGCCAGAGAGAAAACAUGACCUUGGCGGUGGUCACUCAGAAUGAUGUCAAAAAAAGUCCCAUAGAUAAACUCCCCCAAAACGUCCACGUGUGGGUUGCUCUACGUCGGCAUGAUCUGUUCUAUUGGACCAGUGGCGAUAUAAGAAAUGAUCCCACAGACUGUUUAGCUGUACAAAAGGAUACCUAUGGGAAUCUUGUCAAAUCGUGGUUUCCCUGUAGCGACCAAUUCAAAUACGUUUGUCUCAGUGAGGGCCAACCCCCGACGGUUGAGUCUGCUGUGAUAGGAACUCCAGCCCCAACAACAGCAUCUACGGCUGAGACAACAACAAUGCCAACAACACAGUCAACAACAAAAAUAAUUACAACACAACCAACAACAAUUCCAACAACAGAAAAAAUUACAACUAAACCAACAACAAUGCCAACAACAAUGCCAACAACAGAAAAAAUGACAACUAAAGCAACAACAGAAAAAAUGACAACUAAACCAACAACACAGCCAACAACAAUACCAAAGACAAUUAAACCAACAACAAUGUCAACAAGAGAUCAAAUGACUACUGAACCAACAACACAGCUAGCAACAGAACAAAUUACAACACAAUUAACAACCGAACAAUUGACAACACAACCAACAACAAUGCCAACAACAGAAAAAAUGACAACUACACCAACAACACAGCCAACAACAGAACACAUGACAACACAGCCAACAACAGAAAAAUUAACCACACAAACAACAAUAAUACCAACAACACUACAAAUUACAACAAUACCAACAACAGAACAAAUCACUUCACAAACAACAAUACCAACAACAGAACAAAUUACGACACAGAUAACAACGCAAACAACACAGCCAUCAGUAGAACAAAUAACAACAAAACCAACAACAAUACAUGCAACUGAACAAAAGACACCACAACAAACAACAAUGUCAACAACACAAACACAGCGAACAACAAAACAAAUGACGACACAGCAAUCAACAGAACAGAUGACAACAAAAUCAACAACAAUAUCAACAACAGAUUCAACAACAACCAAAGAAACAACAAUUGUUACAACAGAGAAUGUUAAACCUAUUAUACCAAUUGUUAAAUCGAAUGCAUUCUCACCUGCAAAGUCAACUGUCUUGCCUACACGACCCAUCGCCACGGAAUCCAAUGCCUUCACAAAUGCAUCUAAUGGUCUACCAAAUUCAGGGCAAUCUAGUGAGCAGUCUGAUAACUCGCCCACUACAGAGCUGAUUCUGGUUAUUCUGAUAUUCCUGGCCCUGGUUUUGCUUGCUGUGUUUGUCUUGGUGCAGUGGGCUGUCAAAAGAAGGAGAAGAAAAUCUAUACGCUUGAAUAGAAGAACGAGUAAGGAAAUCACAUUUAAGGGAGAAGAUGAAAUGCUCAUCAGGUCGUUCCAUACUUCUGAAGACAAGACGACGCUUUCUCCGAAGCCAAUGCCUAGAAUUGAUAUAGACACAGGUUCUCUGCAAAUCCUUGCAAGUAUUCCUGAAAACAAAAAGAAACUCCAUCGCAGUGACGACACUCUUGACAUUCCCUGGAUUGAUGCGUCAAUGAAUACUCUGGACAAUUUAAGCGUGUCACGUGACACAGAGACUCGCUCUGACACCAUUGGCACCAAGGCCCUUUCCGCACCCGAGCUGGAUCGAAUAGGAGUUGAUUCAGACGAUGAAGAUGAUGUUCCGCAUCCUUGUGCAAUGAGAACAUUUUCUAAACAAAAUGAACCCAUACUGGAGUCUGAAAUAUAAAACGAAGAGAUUCUAAAAAUGAAAAAUAAAGUAGAUUCACCGGUGAUUAUUUUAUUAGCAACUGGACCUUUUUUGUUUUAGUGAUGUAUUUUAUAUCUAAGCUGGAAUCCUUCUUUUUGUAUUAUUAUCAUUAUGUUCAAGCCUGAAAUUUUGUUAUGGAAAUGUAUUUUAUGAUCAAUGAGGAAUAACUCACUUGGAAGGUCUAAGAGAUGAGGGAAACCAUUUUAUAAACAACGUCAUUCAUGGAGUGAAUAUACAUUUUUUAAAUUCUCUUUUUUAAUUUUUGUGUAAAGUUCUAAUCUGUAGGAAUAUGAGAUCUCAGAAUUGUUUUUUUAAUUGUGCAUGACGUCAUUUGCAGCAAAUUUACAAAAUAUUUUGUAGUCAUAAAACUCAUUGAAAGGAAAUCAAACAUUAGAUAGACGGUUGUUGAAUAUGUCUUUAUACACACAAUAUAUGCAUUUUUGAUGUCCAGUGCAUUUGAUACACUUGACAAUUGAUUUAACAGGUUUUUGAUUGCUUAAUUGUAUAUAAUGUACAGUCAUAUAUUUGAACUUAAAUUGAGAGUGAACCAAUGAAUGUUAAUUACUAAUUGUAGUCACAGAUAAGCAAUACUAUGCAAUACUAGUAUUUGUGUUUUUAAUUUUUUGGUAAAACUCUCUUUUUAGUUUACUUGCAAAUAAUAGACUAUCAAAUAUAAUAACCAUAUUUUAUUGAAAAUAUUUAUUGUUUUAUUUCAGUUUUUCGUGCAUUCUGAAGAAAAACCAGUUAUAAGGCAUAAAAUCAGGCUUCCAUUGCUUACCUGCAUGAUUGUUUGAUAUAUUUUUACUAUGCAAUUUUACAUGUUUUGUAAACAUAUAUUCGUGGUUAAGACCUCUGUUAUCGAUAAAUUUAACACUACCAUUGCCAUUAACAAUUUGAACGAGAACAUGCAAUUAUAGAUAUUUUUAUGAAAAUAAAACACGAAAAGUAC